CAGGUACUGUCAUAGCAUAACUUAUCAAAACAAAAAUCAGAGGUUAAAUUUUCACCGAAAGAUCUCGUAAAUAAUUUGAACAAUUCGAAAAGAAAACCUAGGACAAACUACAAAAAUGAAUUCAAUCCUUCGAUCGUCAAUUCGAUUCGGACUUAUUCCAACCGUAACGAAACGUUUCUGCAGCUCAACUCCAGCAGCAGUCGACAAGGAACAGAUUACGAAAUUGGUGAAAAACAAUAAAGUUGUUGUGUUCAUGAAAGGAGUACCCGAGGCUCCGCGCUGCGGUUUCAGCAAUGCGGUCGUCCAAAUCAUGAGAAUGCACGGUGUCACCUACGACAGUCAUAAUGUACUGGACAAUGAGGGAAUACGGCAGGGAAUCAAAGAUUAUACAAACUGGCCGACAAUACCGCAGAUCUUUAUCAAUGGUGAGUUUGUUGGUGGCUGCGACAUUAUGUUACAAAUGCAUCAGAAUGGGGAAUUGGUGGAAGAGUUGGCGAAAGUGGGCAUCAAGAGUGCUUUGGUCGACGAAAGUGAUGAUAAGAAGAAAUGAGCGAUUGUGUUAGGGUUAGACUAUGAUUUUUCACGAGGAAUUAAUAAAAAUUGUUGGUGAUCCAUUUAAAAA